CCCGCCAACCUCGGGGCUUUAGAGCACUUUGUUCCGGAGUCCCCUGGCUGCGUUCUAUUCGCGUUGCUGAUCGCGGCCACGCUGCUGGACGACUCGGGCGGGCCCCUGGGGAGUGGAACCCGGACGUCCGACGCUGGACGGGAGGGAACCAGCGUCCGGUCGUGGGGCUCCAGAGGCCUGGGUCCUUGUACCAGCUGCACCCCUAAGUAGCGCCGGGCAGAAAUGGACUCAGAAAACAAGGAAGAAAUUCCUAUACAUGAGGAAUUCAUUUUAUGUUGUGGAGUUGAAACCCAGGUUAUAAAAUGUGGACCCUGGACUGAUCUCUUCAAUGAUCAGAGUGGCAACAGGCCUAAGCUGCUUAUCUUCAUUAUCACUGGUAAUCCAGGUUUUUGUUCCUUUUAUGUGCCGUUUGCCAAGGCCUUGUACUCUUUAACAAACAAACGCUUUCCAGUUUGGACUCUCAGUCAUGCUGGACAUGCCAUGGUCCCCAAAGACAAGAAGAUUCUUGAGACCUCAGAUGAGUCAAAUGCUCAAGAAUUCCCAGACAUCUAUGGACUCCGUGGUCAAGUAGAACAUAAGCUGGCUUUCCUGAAAGCGCAUGUGCCCAAAGAAAUGAAACUUGUGGUCAUUGGCCAUUCCAUAGGAUGCUAUAUGGCCCUUGAGAUUUUGAAGCUUGCUCCUGAACUCCCCAUAAUCCGCGCCUUUCUGCUCUUCCCAACGAUUGAGCGGAUGUCGACGUCCCCCAACGGGAAGAUCGCCACUCCGCUCCUGUGCUGGCUUCGCUACGUCCUCUACGUCACUGGCUACGCGCUGCUGAAACCGUGCCCGGCGUUCGUCAAGUCCUUAGUCAUUCGAUUCCUCCUUCAGCUGAUGAACAUCGAGAACGAGUGUUUCAACCUGAAUUUAUUUGAAGCGUUCUGCCUCACCAACGCAGCCUAUCUUGGAGGCCAAGAAAUGAUGCAGGUGGUGGAAAGAGACAACGACACCAUAAGAGAACAUUUACCUAAGCUCACAUUUUACUAUGGCACUAUAGAUCGCUGGUGUCCAGUAAGCUACUAUGAAGACAUAAAGAAGGAUUUUCCAGAAGGAGACAUUCGACUCUGUGAGAAAAGCAUACCUCAUGCAUUUGUCCUCAAUUUUCAUCAGGAAAUGGCCACGAUGGUAGCUGACUGGCUCAAGGAUGAUCUGUCCAAACUAUAAGCACUGCGACAAACUACUGGACUGACAGCUAAUGCGUGAUAACAGUGUGCUGCCUCUUUGCAGUAAGAGCAUACUUACGGGAUAAAUAUUUGAUUUUAAUGUCUGAUACUAGAAGGAAAAAACUGAGAAUCACUUGGCUUAAAAACGACCAGCUCUCCCACAACUAAUGUAAUGUUAAAUGUCAGUUAUACCUCAAAAAGACCAGCCCUUAGCCCCACCCUGUGCUUCCAGGUGAAGUAAGCACUGGUGAUGAAAUAAUCAAGUUUGAAAAUGCAUUUUCCAGGACUGGUGCUAUAGCACAGCGGGUAGGGUGUUUGCCUUGCAUGCAACCAACCCGGGUUCGGUUCCCACCAUCUCAUUUGGUCCCCCAAGCAUUGCCAGGAGUAAUUCCUGAGUGAAUGAAACAAGAGUAACUCCUGUGCAUCGCCGGGUAUAACCCAAAAAGCAAAAAAAAAAAAAGAAAGAAAGAAAAAGAAAAGAAAGAGAAGAAAAUGCAUCGUCCCAGACUCAAAAAGGCUUGUGACAAGAUGCCCAGUGGCGCCGUUCAUUUAUUUAGGUAGGCAGGAUCCUGGCAGAGAAAAGGAAGUCCAAAUGUAGUUGAUAUUUGUAGUAUAACGGUAUAGAUUAGGCCCUCCGAGGGGAAGUCACCAAACACCUUCCAGGAAAUGUAAACGACGGCUGAAAGCUCGGUGUUCGUGAGAUCAGUGAAGACUGUGAGAUCGUGAUGGAAGAGAGACUCGUGCUCCACCAGCGGGACGCGGAGAGCGAAGGGGACUCCGGGCAGUGGAUCCGGAGCUCCCUGAAGGACGCCGGAGACCGGCCCAGGCUGGCCUCAUCAGAACCAGGCUGAGUACUGAGACCGCCCCCAGCCCCACCGGUCACUUUCGGUGGCACACACCAAGUCAGCAUUCGGUCUGGCCACAGGGCACCAGCAGACGGAGAGGGGCUGCUUGUGUCCAGCUCUCGAAGCUUCCCCGCGCGUGUGGCGUUCUCAUCGGCCUGCCGUGGGUGGAGGAGACGCACCCGGGACGCUGGUCAGCCCACCAGACAGGAAGUGUCCCGGGUCCCGCCCGUGCUGCCCAGGCUCUGUGCAGGGCCUUCCCCGCCAGGGGCUGGGCUUGCUCGGGCGUCUGCAGCCAGGACAGGGCAGCAGGGGGUGCCCCAAGCCACGCCUCAAGCCUGUGGCUGCCGUCUGCACGUACCGUGCGUGUGUGGGGUGUGUGUUUCUUUUCCAUAAAACUCCAUGGAAGCCGGGCCGUGAGCCGAGCCCCGUGCUCGGGAGUGAGGCUAGAGUUCUCAGCCACAUUGUGAUUCUUCUGAAAAUCUUCAGUGAUGGGAAAAAAUAACUCCUCAGAUUUCUUCAUGAUGCCCAUAAAUGAGUUCUCCGUCUCCGCGUUAGCUUUGUUCGAAAUUGCUCUAUCAGUGAACGCAAACAGGUCCCUCCGUCCUAUGGAGUGGUGUUUCCUGGGGGCUGGGGCCCAGCCAGCACGCUCUCUGCCCGGAGUGCCCUGCAGUACUCCCUUCCCCCACCCGACACCCACCCAGCCCCCGGCUCCUCAGAGCCGCUCAGUGCCACUGCUUCCGGGACCAUUGAGGAUGGGUCAGAAACGCUUGGUUGUCCCUAGAGAGAACACGAACACCCCCCUCCCCCGCCAUGGCACUUGCCUUCCUUCAGCACCCGCAACUGCCAUCAUCCCCCUCAAAACCCGGAGCCCCUGAUGAAAGAACCAGCUCUGGCGCUGCCAGCCCCGGGUGAGGGCCGGCUGCUGAGCUGCCGUCCUCUGCACAGUGCACAGCAGGCAGAUGAAUGACUUCUCGGGGGGCCAGAUGAGCCCCUGACAGAGACAUCACGGCCUGGGGAGGGGACAGGAGACCCCGAGGCAGGCACAGAAGUCACUGUUGGCAGCUGGGGGGGGUCCACAGGAAGCAUGGUGAGCCCCACUGCCGGGGCUGUGGGGGCGACUCCCCACUCCCUCUCCCAUGCUCAGAAACCAGCUUGGGUCAGUCAGGCUGCCCGGGGUUCAGAAUCACUUCUUUGGCUCUUCUCUCGGCGUGAUUUCACAUUACUCCACAUUUCAAAAGUCCACCGGCCUGCGGUUGUAUCUUGUCAGUUUGGGGAGUUUAAAAAUAAUGAAAAGUAAAGUGAUCGAGGCGAAGGACAGAGCCUUGCUUCCUGACACCAAAACAUCAAAUGAAUUUUUGAAAUAAAUGCUUGCACCAGGGCUGGAGCGAUAGCACAGCGGGUAGGGCGUUUGCCUUGCACGCGGCCGACCCGGGUUCGAUUCCCAGCAUCCCAUAUGGUCCCCCAGCACUGCCAGGAGUAAUUCCUGAGGGCAGAGCCAGGAGUAACCCCUAUGCAAUGUCGGGUGUGACCCAAAAAGCAAAAUUAAUUAAUUAAAUGCCUAAAUAAAUCAAUAAAUGCUUGCUUGCUUGCACCACGCCUGUGGCCUUGCCUGGCUGCUCUUGGCGUGUGGGGGGUGGGGCAGACCCUGAGCAGGCUGAGCCUCCCUGGGUUAGCGUCUCUCUGUGCAGCCGGAAACCCACCUGCUCAGUGCUUCUCUGAGAGAAGAAGCAGAUCUAAUUCCGAGGCUGACGUUUCAUGAGGAAUGAAGAGCUAUAUGCGUGCAUAAGGACACGUUAGGUUAAGGCAUGUGGGCACUGGAGGCCGGACUGUCCGUGGGUUUGUUUUUUUUUUUUUAAGUUUCGUUUGGGGGCCACACUGCGGUACUCAGGGCUUGCUCUUACAGCUCAGGGAUUACUGCUGGUGAGCUUGGGGGACCAUAUGGGGUCCUAGGGAUCAAGCCCCUGUCACAUGCCAGGCAAAUGCCCUGCCGCCUGUACUGUCUUCCAGCCCCUGUGUGACUUUUAAGCUGCUUCAUCUGAUUUGGCCUCGGAACCUUCGUUUAUAAGGCAGACAAUGAGAAGGCCUUCCUCAGAGCACUGAAAGAACAAGGGUGAUGAAGUUAAAUUGUCUGACCAAGAGUAUGUUCUUAAUAAAGACUGGAUGUAAGAAUUAUUCUUAUCAAGUACCAUCACAACACAAUACAAAUAAGCAGAAGACUCGGUUGAUAAGGGGUGGAUAAAGUCCAUGUUCGGAAGCGUCUUUACCUGUACGCCCCAGUGAGCCACAUGAGUCCUUGCUGGUGGUCUGAUGUCCUGUGGGCCCGUCUAGAGCCCCAGGAAGGAGCGAGGUGGGGACCAUGGCCAGUGCCCACAUUGCUCGCUGGCACUCUGGGCCGUGGGAAGGACUCUGCAGACCCAGGCCCUGUGGCUCUUGGGACCCCGUGUCUGGUGGCCCGGAGCCCUCUCUCCAUCCACUUCUCCCUCCAGCAGCCUUCCAAGGCUUCACUUCUCCUCAUCCUAUUGUUAAGAGGAACAUGAUGAGGAGACCAGGAAACAGAUAAUGCCACGUGGGAUUCCAGAGUCAUUAUUUAGAAAUUAAUAUUUUCAUUACAUUGGGAUAGUUUGGGAAACUUGGAUGGGCUGGGCUAGCGGGGAGGGAGAGAUGGUGCUGAUUUCCUGAUUGCAGUUGUUGGUUUCCGGUUCACAGUGUUUCAUCAUGGAGACGCAGGGAAAUGUCUCGGGUGGUGUAUCCAAAGCCUGAGCUAUGUGUGAUGUUGAUUUUUCUCUCCAGUGGCUCAAAAAAUCAGAAAUGCUCUUUGUGCUUUACCUGCAGCUUUUUCAUAUGUUUACUUUUGAAAUGAAUAAAAGAGAAAUAAUUAUUCCUUAA